UUGCAGUGCUCCAAAGGCAAGAAUUCACUCCUUUCUCGCAGAGAAAUUCCGCAGCGGGAUAAACCCCUCCUCUUCUUUAUAUGCCAUUAAAGCUGUUUACAGCAUGGAAGAAAGCAAAACACAAAAUAUCGGAGCAGCAACAAGUUGUAAUGGCAUUGUUGGACAACUUGCAAGAAACUGGCAGAGCUGGUCCAAGGAUCGUGUGGCUUAUCAGCAACGAAACCCAUUUAGCAAUGGCAACCAAAUAACCUUACGCACUGAGAAAGGGGAUCCCACUUAUGGGAGACCACCUGAAGGCUCCAAAACUGAGCAGAGAGGAAAAGAUGCACAUGCACAUAUGGGCAAAGAAGUGGAAGAACUAUGCUUAAUUAUACAUAACACUGGACAGAGGGAACAGGAUGGGCAAGUGAGAAUAACAUUUAAACAGCUCUUUGAUAGGUAUGUGACUAUAUCCAAUAAACUAGUAGGUGUCCUCUUAAGAGCAAGGAAGCAUGGCCUGGUUGACUUUGAAGGUGAAAUGCUUUGGCAAGGAAAAGAUGAUAGUGUAGUUAUUACUUUGUUUGAACAAGAUAAAGAUUAUCCAGCUAUUUCAUGAUUAAUUCAGAAAUCUCUUAAAGCGCUUGAAACAUCAAAAUGACUGCCUGGCUUAGAACAUAGGA